AUGUCUGAUGGAGGCAUGAUCCCAACGGAUGCCCAGGGUUUGGCAAUUGUUGUCUUGCUGUACACGAUUGCCAAUGCUGUGGCUGCUGGAUUGGUGAUCCUCAUGCACAUGCGCCACGGUGAUCCUCUUGGAUAUGUUCCGCUCUGCGCAUGCUUCAUGAUUGUCAACAUCGUGGCCGCUUUCAUCCAGCAGAUACACUUCUUCACUAGCUUCGAGACCAUUACGACUGCUAGCUACAACUACCAGAUCAGUGGCCACUAUACUGGCAAACCAGCCUUCACUGGAACAUAUACGCCCUUGGAUACUGUCCUCUACGAGAUACAACUGUAUUGCUACAAUGUGGAAUCACUGCUCUUCUUGUCAUGGAUCGCUGGCCUUUGGCGUCAUGUUUGGCGUCUGCGUAUCGAGUUCCUCGACAGAGGUGGUCAUGUCGUUUCUACAUCUGUCAAGAUUGCCUCAAUCAUUGUGCCAGCAAUUCUGAUUGGAAUCGCCAAUGCUUCCUCUGUAGACCGUACACCUGGAGUCUCACUGAUCCUUUGCAACAUUUUGUUGGCUGGUAGCGUCGCCAUCGGUCUGUUCCUCUUGGCACUCGUCUUCUACAAAUACAUUUCCAUUCAAAAGUACCUUAGUGACUCGUCGUCAGCGAAGAACGGCUUCUUUGCUCGUCUCGGUUGGCGCAUCAAGUUCUCCUUGCCCAGCACUUCAAAAACAAGGAGUCAAAUAAGCAGGGUUAUGGGAGGCCAAUCUCAAAGUCAGAUGCAGAGUGGCAUGCAUAGUCAGAUGCAAAGCGGGAACUUCACUCGAAGUGUCAACAAGCAAACCGAAUCACAGCUGCCUGCUCGCGAACCAAAGCCAAGCACACGCAAGAACGAUUCAAUGUACGACAAAUGGCUUUUGAUCCGUUUCUGCAUCUGUUUCGUCCUGCUAUGCAUCAUGCAGAUCUACCUUAUUUACUACUCGAUCGCUCGCUACCUUGGCUCAAGAGCAGAUGCGAAAAACGCCAAGCUGGACUUGUCUGCAGGCUCUGCUAUGGUUUCCAUUGUGAUGUUUAUUCCUGGAGUAACAUUGGGGCUGUUAAUCUUCAUCGUCUUUGGAACAACAGGUCCCUUUCGUCGUGACUACGCUCGCUGGGCCCGUCACAUUGUGUCUAGCUGUCUAGGCCGCCGCAGCUCUCGAAACUCCCUCGCUUCUGGAUCUCUGCAUCGUACUGAGAGUGUAGUGCGCUUGACAAACCUAGACAGAAAGUCUAGCCAGAAUGGCGGCAAUGAAGAGGCGGGACUAGGGGCCAAGAGCGCUGAUGGCGAGUAUAGAGUUUCUGUCACACCUCUUGCUGGAGAAGACAGCGACUAUGAUGAGAGACAAAUGGGCAUGGGUAUUAUGAUGACGAGGAGCAUCAAACAAAGUGAUGAUAGAUAA